UGCAAAAUGGACGACAUGUUUCUUCUUGGAUUUCUUCGUGCCAUGAAAUUUAAUGUUGAAGGUUCACUUCAAUUACUUAGGAAUUAUUAUUCUACAAAACUAGAAUAUCCGGCGUAUUUUAAAAAUUUACUUCCAUCAAAGUUAGAAAAAGCUUUAUCUACAAAUUGUAUGAGAGUUUUACCCCAGCCUGAUCAAAGUGGGCGAUAUAUUUUUAUAGGACAAUUGCGACGUUGGGAUCCUUCAGAAGUACCUUUGAUAGAUUUAUACCGAGUUGCAUUCCUCUUCGCAGAUUUAUUAUUCACGUUACAUCAAUGCCAAGAGAAUGGAAUAGUUAUAAUUCUAGAUUCUAAAGGGACGACUUUUAAGCAAUUGAUGGAAUACACACCAAGAUUUAUACACAACUUAGUAAGCUUAUUGAGCACUGAUUGGGUUCAACUAAGUAUGAAAGAAAUGCAUUAUGUCAAUCUGAACGUCAUUGUCAGCGGAUUAUUGAAAUUUUCUUUCCCACUUAUACCAGCAAAACUACGCAAUAAA